AUGACGGAGAAGAAUAUCCUUUACGAUUUUGCGGUUUUUACUUUAAAUCAUUCACAGAAUCCCUUAUUCUUACUCGCCGAUGCGGUGUCCAUUUCCGAAAAGGAUGAGGGUUCCAUAUAUUCAACCUCGGAUGGGGACGAUUCUACGAUAUCAUCACCCACUUCAACCGAAUUUUCCUACCCUGAAAUCUCCUUGCAUUACGCUGAAAUUCCGUUUAAAGGAUCGGGUCGAGAUGAACCCGUACCCAAAAUUUAUGAUCAACCGAAUAAGAAUAAAGACAGUUCGCUAAAUAUUAAAAGUAUUAAAUCGCGGAAUCUUUCAAAUUACUUUAUCAAAGAUUUGAAACAUCUUUCAACUUUAAAUGUUAAGGAUUCUCAACAAGUUGUACCAAAUCAUGCAAUAAGAUCUAACUUUAAAAUACCAAAGAAUAGGAAAACAAUUUUGAAAAAGCAAAUGCUACCAGUCGAUGAUGAUAGCAGCACAACAAAUGUAUUGAAAACAAGACCACGACGUAAAAAGGUGGAACCCUCAAAUCAACCCUAUGUCACCAAGUCAAAAAGAAUUAGCAGGCCAACUUCUAAAUUGUCUGGAGGAAGAUGGGGUGGAAUAUGA